AUGGCCCACGAAAACGCCGUCAACUGGCCUACCAUCCUUCCCAUCGUCCUGCUUGGCAUUCGCGCCACCACGAAACCAGACCUCGGCUGCUGCCCGGCCGAACUCGUUUACGGCACCACCUUACUCCUGCCAGCUGAUUUCUUCGUUCCGUCGCAAGCUUCUGUCACCGACCCGCCUACAUACGUCGACAAGCUGCGCCAGAUUUUCGAGGACGUCCGACCAGCUUCGCCGCGUACUUGCCCCGGCCGCACACCCUUCGAGCCCCAAGCCCUCUCGACCGCCACGCACGUUUUUGUGCGGCGUGAUGCCGUGCGUAAAGCCCUGCAGCCGCCAUACUCCGGACCGCACCUAGUCAUCAGCCGCUCCAGCAAACACUUCACCUUAAACGUCAACGGGAAGUCUGACACCGUGAGCAUUGACAGGCUCAAGCCCGCUUUCGUCGAGCCACCUGUCUCUCCCACCUGCUCUGCAGUCCCCUUCUCUGCGUCGCCGCCGCUUGCCAUCCCAGCCCACCCCCUUCCCCGCAAGAAGGUCUCCUGGUCCGAUCGCUCCUUCCGGAGUCUAGGGGGAGGGCCCUGUAGCAGACACCGCUUUGCGGCCGGCCGACAACGAUGA